UCCACUGCAGUCUCUGGUUGCACAGUGGACAAAACCGCUCACUGAGAGAGAGAGAGAGAGAGAGAGAGAGGGAAUGACCAGUCUAUCUUCUGCUACGAUGCUGGAAUAACACAGAAUCCACACUGUAUCUAACAUCUAGCCCAUAUUUAUCUGGAAGAUGUCUGGGAAACUCGACAGUAAACAAGACUCCCAGCGCUCCAACCUGCAAACCUUCACAAUGAGGCUAAUAGACAGAUUUCACUCCCCCAAGCCAAAAAGAGUACAUCCAUCGAAGAAAGCAUCAAAGCCUCCAAUAGAGCGAGUUGUCAAGACUCCUGAGAAGCCAGAAACUAAGGUUCAGAAUCUCAGUCGGUUGGAAGAGAAGGAGAAAGAAGUGGUCAGUGCCUUGCGUUACUUCAAGACAAUAAUUGAUAAGAUGGUGGUGGACCGAAAAGUUCUGGAAAUGCUUCCCGGAUCUGCCAGUAAAGUGUUGGAGGCUAUCAUGCCUGUAGUGCGAAUUGACCCCAAGAUUCUGAAAAGUUCCUCAGUGUCGUCCUGCCUCAGCCGAGUGUAUCAGAGUCUGGCGAACCUCAUCCGCUGGUCUGAUCAGGUGAUGCUGGGGGGAGUGGACUUGGAGCAGAAGGACACUGUUGUGAAUGUUACCGGCAUCAUCAAAGCAGUGCUGGAUGGGGUGAAGGAACUGGUGAAGCUGAUCUUGGAGAAACAGCAGCUCCCUUCCCCAACAUCACCCACAGCCAAAAGUGUCCCAUCAGUCCUCAGCUCAGAGAGUGUUCCAGAGCCUCCUGUUAUAGAGACGGAAGACGAGAGCUCGACAAACUCCUCUGCACUGAGUCGUUCCACCGAGGCCCUGACUGACGCCCCCUCCGCUGAAGAAGCGGCGCCUCCCAAACCCCCACUUCCUGGCCUCAAAGUGCCCGAGCAUUGUCCCCCAGCUCUUCCUCCUAAGAAGCGCCAGUCAGCUCCGUCUCCUACCCGAGUCGCCGUUGCUGCUCCGAUCAGCCGUGCCACGAGUGGAUCGAGUCUUCCUAUCGGCAUCUGCAGACAGGACUAUGAUGCAGAUGGUUUACAGCGGCGUUUUUCUGGUGGCAGUCACUCGUAUGGUGGCGAGUCGCCACGCGGCUCUCCCUGCGGCAGCAUGGGUAAACUGAGCAAAUCAGAUGAGCAGCUGUCCUCUCUGGAGCAGGACAGUGGACAGUGCUCUCGCAACACUAGCUGUGAGACACUAGAUACGGCAGAGAGCUACGACCCAGACUAUGACUUCCUCAGAGAGGACUUAUCCAGCGUGGAUCAGAUCUCUCUGCCUGCCGGAAGCUGUCUCAGCCCCCUUCCUGAGUCCCAUGGGGAGCCAUCCUCCUCCCCAACUCCGGGCCAGAUUUCCUACGGUUCUCCCUCUCUCCAUCACUCCGUCGCUCCUCCUCCGCACACCCUCAUCACCCCUCCUGCUCUCCCGGAAAAGAAGCGGCGCAGCGGCAACUCUCAGGCACCCUUCGACGGCCUGGCGUCUCGGACCCCUUUCGAGCGCCUGCACUCCCACUACGACAACGUCACGGAUGAGGAAAUGCCCGUGCCGCCGUUCCCUCUGUUCCCUCUCUUCACUCCCGUGGUCGGAUAUGGAGCGGACUUUGUCGCCUCUGACAACACUUCCGUGCCUCAGUCUCCUCCACCUCUACCUGAGAAGAAGAGCAGACACAUCCUGAAGUACAUGCAGUUCAUGGAGGAUUAUUCAGAACCGCAGCCAUCCGUCUUCUACCAAACACCACAGAGCGAGAGCAUCUACGAGCAGCGCAACAGGCUCAUACAGGAAGUGUACGGCUUCAGCGACUCGUUCAGCAGCAGUGACUCUGUGCACGAGCCCCUCCCUCCUCCAGCACUCCCACCCAAACAGAGGCAGCUGGCCUCCUCUCACUCUGCGUCUCCUUCCUCAUCCUCCUCUUCCUCUCUGUCGUGCCAGCUGCAGCCGGGUGGAGGCCCGGGUUCUGCUGAGGUGGACGCUGCUCUCAGUCUGUCCGCCUCGAGCUCCUCUCUGGGCUGCCCGGCUUCUCCUCCUGCCGCCACGAGCCAGAAUGCUAGUGACGAGGGUGGGUACGUCAAUCUGUAUUCAUCCAGCCAAGCCAACGGAGACCUGCCGCUCUCGAACGGUGACCCCAACUGCGGCACGGAGGACUCGCUCCAGGACUCGGCCUCGGACCACAGCAAGGAGCCGACUGACUCGGACAGCUGGAAGCAGAAGUGUGCAGAGUCAGACCUGAGCUCGGAGGAGCUGGACGAGCUGUCCCUAGUGGAUCAUGAUGAGAUCAUGGCCCGCAUCACACUAAAGCAAGAGAAUGAUGAUGGACCAGAUGUCCGAGCGGGAUCAGGGGAUAUUUUAUUAGUUCAUGCAACAGAAACGGAUCGCAAAGAUCUGGUUUUAUACUGUGAAGCCUUCCUGACGACGUACAGGACGUUCCUAACCCCAGAGGACCUCAUUAAGAAGCUCCACUAUAGAUAUACUAGAUUUUCUCACAGUUCAGACACCAUUAAGAAGCGAGUCAGUAAAAACACCUUCUUUGUGCUGGUGCGUGUUGUGGACGAGCUUUGUUUGGUGGAGCUGACAGAAGACAUUCUGAAGCACCUGAUGGACCUGGUGGUCAGUCUGGUGUGUAGCGGGGAGCUCAGUCUGGCCCGCAUCCUCCGCAAGAACAUUCUGGAUAAAGUGGAGCAGAAGAAGCUGCUGAGCUACACUAACUCGCUGAAGACUCUAGCUGCUCGCAGCGUUGCCGCCAGGCCUGGUACUCUUCAUGACUUCCGUAGCCAUGAGAUUGCAGACCAGCUCACUCUCCUGGACGCAGAGCUGUUCUACAAAAUAGAGAUCCCUGAAGUUCUGCUGUGGGCAAAAGAACAGAAUGAAGAGAAGAGCCCGAAUCUCACCCAGUUCACAGAACACUUCAAUAACAUGUCUUACUGGGUGCGUUCUAUAAUAAUCCAGCAAGAAAAAGCCCAAGACCGAGAAAAACUCCUCCUCAAGUUUAUCAAAAUCAUGAAGCACUUACGAAAACUCAAUAACUUUAACUCCUACUUGGCAAUACUGUCGGCUCUGGAUUCAGCGCCUAUACGGAGACUGGAGUGGCAGAAGCAAACCUCAGAGGGUCUGGAGGAGUACUGCACUUUAAUCGAUAGCUCCUCGUCGUUCCGGGCGUACAGAGCAGCCUUGGCAGACGUCGAGCCUCCCUGUAUACCGUACCUGGGUCUCAUCCUUCAGGACUUAACCUUUGUGCACCUUGGGAAUCCUGACUUCAUCGAAAGGAAGGUGAACUUUUCGAAACGCUGGCAGCAGUUCAACAUCCUUGACAGCAUGCGGCGCUUCCAGCAAGUACAUUAUGAGCUCAAACACAACGAAGACAUCGUGUCCUUCUUCAACGACUUCAGUGACCAUCUCGCUGAGGAGGCGCUGUGGGAGCUCUCUCUCAAGAUCAAGCCCCGGAACAUCACACGCCGCAAAACAGAGCGAGAGGAAAAGACGUAGGGCUUCGCUCUCCAGCAGAACUCUGUUAAAGUGGACUCACCCGAAGAAGCAAUUAAGGAGUGAUCAUGACGGCAGCUAUGAGACUGUUGGGAACUGUACGACGUUUUCGCUUUUCACAAGUUUACAGGAGUUUUGGGAUUGCACUGCGUCUCGCCCUGUGAAUAUUUUCAGGGGAGAGUGCAGGACACAAGGACAUUGCGGUGGGAGAGUCAGUAAGGCCUGAGGGUCUGGACACAUAGCUCUACACACCUCCAGCCUGUGAUGUAAUUCCUGAGGAGAAGAAUGUGUGUUUUUUUUUUUUUUUUUUAUAAUUAAAACAAUGCACAUAAAUGACUGUUUACGACGGACUUUAGAAGGAUUGUUGUGUCCCUAUUUUAACAGCUUGCAGCAUUUGGCACUAGGUCUUGGUAUUUAUAGACAGUUGAUAUAAAAGGUAUGAUUGAAAUUUCAACAGACUCAGCACUUUACAUCCAUGUACAAACGUACAAACCCCUGAUGAUGAUGCGACUUCUUGAACAGGUUUACCCAGAGCUAGCUGGACUGCAAACACUGUCCUCAUGUCCCUUUUUACGACUAAAUGGUUCUUGGUCAUUCAGAAUAAUGAAAGUUUGUGUACGUUGACUGUAAUAGACGCUGUCUGGAAACAAAAGGCUUCACACCACUUCACACCAAGUCUUCCAGUUGUAUUUAUUUAAAAAAAAAAAGUGUCUACUUUUCAGAGAAAUAUGUCAUGUCUUGUGAAUUGUAUAGUUGUAUGCAUUGGUAGGUACAAAUACGCUCAUUACAGAUUCCUAAAUUUCAUGGUUGUGAUUAAUGCUUAUACGAAGUGAUCCAGAUAGAACUGUUAAGGUGUGUACGAUUACAUUAUCACUCUGUACUAUGGUUACGAUUCUCUCUAUUACAGUGUGCGCUCAUAAUCUGAUACCAAGUGCCUAAAGCUGUUCAAAUGGUGCGGUGAUUUGUCAUUUAUUUUUGUAUAAUGUUUCUUUUUUUUUUUUUUUAUGUUAAACAUUUUACACGGACACUUUUGGAGAAGCUGAUGCGCUCUCUCCAUCUCAACGGUAUGAAAAGUGUUCAAACGUGCACUUGAAACUGUUUGAACAAAAAGAAAAAGGCUAUGAAGAGCUGACACGCCGAGCACAGCCCUGUAUAGAAGACUGAAGACAUUCUGUGAGGGUGAUGUGGGCUUCGGGAAUAUAGGAAGGAGUCAUUUAUUAAAAAGACCGAUGUGGAAUUAAAGUCCCAGUCAGCAAUCAGUACAGCUGACAGAAUGACAAAUUAGCUGUCUGUAGUUCCAACAUUUGUCUCAAAAAAAAUUCUGCUCAUCA